AGCAGCUGACAUUGCUACUGCUUAGCCAGACUUAUUCUCAGAGGCACCAUGUAUGUGAAUGUGAUGGAGAACAUCUUCCUGUUGGUCCUGGUCACUCUGAUGAGUGCGGUUCAGAAUGCAUUCUUUGCACAGAAAGUGGAGAAAGAAUGCAAAACACACAAUGCAAAAACAGCCGCUUUUGAGCGUGUGUACUGUGCAACGCGAAACUGCAUGGAUGCGUAUCCUACCUUCAUUGCAGUUAUGUGGUGUGCUGGGAUAUGUUUAAGCCAAGCUCCAGCGGCCUUUGCUGGACUGAUGUACCUGGUUGCUAGACAGAAGUACUUUGUGGGGUACAUGGGUCAGACAUCUCAGAGCACACCAGGUUACCUAUUUGGCAAGCGUAUCCUCUCCUUCCUGUUCCUCAUGUCUUUCGUGGGGGUUGUAAACCACCUGCUGGCCCACUACUUUGCCACAGACUACAAGGAUUACAUCCAGACCAUCACCAAGGCUGCGUCUGCCCUGCUUCUCCUGCCCUGAAGAGGCACUGUCUGAAGAAAGAGGGCCUUUCCGCACCAAUGGGUGGGGUUCUGUUGGCAACGGCCUUCUCUUUGUACCUUUUCCGUAUGCAUUUAUAUACACAUUUGAAAUUAUGAA